CACCAAUUAAUCAUUUCUAAGCAACCUCAUCUAUCGUUACCUAUCAUCUCGAAAGAAGCAAGUGAAAUAAGGUUUGAUAUUCGGCUCAUCCUUCCGCCGCUCGAAGCGAGCACCAAAAGGAGACUAAUCCCGGAGAGAUAUAAACCCGACGCGUAAUAAGAAUAGACCACUCACCACUACUUCUGUGCGUUUACGAUACGAGGCACGGCAUGGUGCAUGUUUACAAAAUGUCCAUGAUGCCCACAUGCAAGGUGAAGUCGCCUUUUUCUUCUUCUCCAUUUUCUAUACUGUGACUUUUCACUUCGUCCAAGUCACUCUUGCUAGAUUUUCACUCGGAAGUCUGUUUCCGUUGAGAGGCUGUGCGUAAGGCUUGCCUUUGGUGUCGAUACUUCAAUUUAUUUUUAUUCUUGAGUGUACAGACUUCACUUCUUUCCUCUCUUACAGAAGCCUGUCGAUAUGGCUUCAACAUUCCCUACAUUCGUAGAGCUCGUAGCUCGAAAGACGCAUUCACCAGAUAACCUCGCCAAUUGUACGAUCUCAACUUGCGCCAUCUCCAGCUCCUAUUACUUCUACCGCGUGUCUCUCAGCGCAAACGUCGCCUUCCUUGUCCUCUUCUCCCUCUCUCUGAUCGGAUUCGUUGCCACAUAUGCCUUCACGCGGCGAGCUUUCGCAUUCACGUUCGCUAUGUCGGCUGGUGUUAUUCUCGAAGUCAUCGGAUAUGUCGGACGGAUUCAAAGUCACCAGAACCAGUGGGCGCAAACGGGAUUCUUGAUGCAGAUUGUCUGCCUUACCAUUGCACCUGCAUUCAUGGCUGGUGGUCUCUAUCUGUGUCUGAGGAGAAUCGUCUAUGCUUUCGGACCAGAGAACUCUCGCAUUGCUCCUGAGUCAUAUACCAGAAUCUUCAUACCUUGCGAUCUCUUGUCUCUCCUACUCCAAGCUGCUGGUGGCGGUAUUGCGUCCUCGGCGACUCAUACGAAUAAAUCCCCCACCUCUGGAGACAACAUCAUGGUUGCUGGACUUGCCUUCCAAGUCUUCACUCUCGGCGUCUUCAUACUCCUGUGUCUCGAUUUCGCACUCCGCACCCGCAAACGAUACAAGUCUAUGGGCGAGUCGGCCUUCGAUCAGAAUCCCCUGUUCAUCAAGCUCCGUCACUCCUGGGUCUUCAAGGGCUUCCUUGCUGCUCUUACCUUGGCGACCAUCUGCAUUUUCUGGCGAAGUGUGUACAGAGUAGUAGAGUUGGCAGAAGGAUGGACGGGGAAUCUGAUCAGACACCAAUGGUUGUUUGUUGGGUUUGAGGGAGUGAUGGUUAUCGUGGCUUGCUUCGCGUUGAAUGCUUUCAACCCAGCCUUUGCGUUCAAGGAGGCGAUGGAGGGCAAGGGUGGACUGGGUAGUAAGAAGCGAGAGAGAAAGUUGGAGAGGGAGAGGGAGAAGGCGGUGGGGUCCGAGGUAGUCAGUGGGAGUAACAGUGACGUUGAUGGAGUGAAGGGUGGUGUUUAAAUGUGGGUUGUGAUAAUGAUAGAGGUAGAUGAUUUGAAAGAUACCACGAUAGAUAGACUUUGAUAGAUAUUUGCGAGAAAAUUACAGAUAGAUGUAGAC